ACAAAAAAGGACAAACAGAUAUAACUGCACUUUUCGAGAAAAUGUGAAAAUUGCUAAAAAAACCAAACAAUUGAACUAGUUGAGCUCGCGCACAGAAUUUUAAUCAAAAUGUCGUCAAAAUUCUGCACUAGAUGGGCAUUUGAUUUGAACACUUGGACACCAACAUUGACACAAUUGGCACAAGCAGUGCGCGUGAUACAAACAGAAGAACGGGUGAGAUUGUUAAAAUUCCAUUUUAUUGAUGAUUUUCUUUCAUCGCUCGUUGGCCGUUUAUUGAUGCGCAGAUAUGUCAGUUUGUGUACUGGAUUGGUUUAUGAUAACAUUGCAUUUUCGCGCGAUGUGAGAGGAAAGCCAUAUUGGCUUGGAGAUAAAGCUGAAGACGCGCAUCAUCUUAGUUUUAAUGUAUCACAUCAAGGCAGCUUCGUGAUAUUAUGUGGUAUUUAUAAAUGCUCUGCAGAAAUUAUGGAUUUUGGAGUGGGUGUAGACGUCAUGAAACUUGAGUAUUCUGGUGGCAAAGAUUUACAUCAUUUUUUCCAUAUUAUGCACAACAAAUUUUCUGAUACUGAGUGGCGUUAUAUAAAACAAUCUCAUAAUAAUCGGCAUGACCAAAUAAAAGCCUUUAUGCGGCAUUGGUGUUUAAAAGAGGCCUAUGUCAAAGAAUUGGGAGUUGGUAUUACAAUUGAUUUACAAAAAAUUAGUUUUGGCCUAGACAAUGAUAUGGAGUUAACAUAUGAGAAUUCUCCGUUAACUAGCACAACUUUAAAAUUAAAUGGUGUUCCAAUGCAUAAUUGGUAUUUUGAGGAGCACAUGCUUAGCGCAGAUUAUUGCGCAGCUAUAGCUUUCCGUAAUUGCCGACCAGGAGCAGGAAAAUUUGAACUAUUAGAAAUUUCGCAAUUACUUAAACCUUUUCUGGUUGUUUCUGGUGACGAUGAAAUUAUGGAAUAUUGUCGGAAUGUUUUAAAAAAACCGAGAAAAUAAUCUACAUGUGGUUUACAAGAGAAAAAAAUAAUAAGCGAAGACAAAUUUGCAUAACUAAAAGUAGUGUAUUUUUUGUGAUUAUUAAGUGUUGAUAGUGUUCUAAUUAGCGAUAUAUUUUACGACUUUAUAAUACCUUUUAAUGUAAGUUUUAUCAGUUUGAUUUGACACUGAUUUGACUGCACAUUAGAAGAAUGCGAAAUCAAUUUAAAAUUCCAAACGCUUCUAACUCUGCAUUACUUUCCUUUCCACUAUUUGAUAUAAAUAUCAUUUCUAUCCACAAAGAAUACAAUGAAUUAUCGAGAAGUAUACGUAGCAUAUACAUAAAUAAACCUUCUACUCCCCUAUUACUUACUUACUAGAUGCGAAUCUGUGAAUUAUAAGAAUUCUUACAAAUUAGAUCAAAAAUGAAUGAUUGACAUAUACACUUUUAAAUUGAUGUAUAUGUAUAUUUGUUCACUAUGGAAUAUUUCAUAAAUUCAAAAAACUGUUAAAUGUGCAUUUGUUCAUUGAUUUAUUGAUUUUAUUCGAUCAAGGACUACGUUUUAAUCAGCAGAUUAAGCUCGCCUUAAAUAAACUUAGGGCAUCCCCACGCCAUUACGUUAUAAAAAGGUUAUACAUUCGCUUGGUGAGGCCAAUACCUGAACAUGCCUCUGUUGUAUGGUCUUAUCCCUGCAGAUGUUGGAUAGAUUCAAUAGAAUUUCUUCAAAAGUAAUUCCUGUCUCUUGGCUUCCAUAAAAAUAGAUUGCUUUUGUUAGCCUUAUAGCCACUAGAGAAAAGUGGAUUUGUCCUGGAGGGUUUCUUCUUUAAGUUAAAAAAAAAAUUGUACAUAUAAUAGUUUCUCAAUAUCGGAUUCUUUAAACUCUAUGAAAUUAAUUGUCUCUCUUAAUACGCGCGCUUUGCCCAUGUCGCAUCUAAAUUAAAUUUUAAUCUUGUAAUCUCCGUAUGAUUGGAAAACUGGACUGAAUUUCGUUUGCCGAUCGCGUGCAUGUUUGUAACGGCUAAUGGAAUCAUUCCCAAUUCGGGCCUGUAGCGGCUGCGGGUUUGCCUCUGCGCUAGAUGUGUACACGCUUUUGAUUUUCUUUUGUUUAUAUAUGAAUUUUUUUUCUCUUCAUUUUUUCAUUAUUCUUCUUUCCUUUGUAAUAGUUAAGUCAUAUUAUUAUUAAUUUAGCCAGAUAAAAAAAAUACCAAGCCUAAAAUCUUGAAGCACUAUCGACUUUAUGGUUAACAUAAACUUUAUUUGUAAGUCAAUCAAAAUCGAUUGUUAAUUUAUUUUAGCCGAAUUUCGUAUGUAUAUAAAUAAGUUAAUAAAAUGUACAGCAGGUCGAGCUGAAAAAUGACUGGCCUUCAUCAACUUCAAAAGAAAAAUAAAAAAUAGUUAUUUAUAUAAUUUUUAAUAAAUGUUGAUUUGAAAUUUGUUUUAGGUUAAGCUACUAGUCCGAUUUUAUGUUGACCUUACCAUAAUAAAGGCGUGGAUUUUUUUUUCUUUUUUAAGAGAAUUUUAAGAGAAUUGAAAAAGAAAGAGUCGACAGAGUAUGAUUUCAAUUACGUCGACGAAAUGGUUUAGGUGUGAUUCUCUUCCACGAACUCCAGUUUUAUAGAAAUUCUAUAACUAGUUUAUUAAAAUACAACGCAAGCAUUAUUAUUGACGUUUCAUAAAUCUUACUUCAGACUGAAUUUUUGUUUAUUUUUUUUUAAUUUAAUUUUUAUCAUUUUUCUAUUAAAACGAAAUAAAUAAAU